GGAAUAAUCGGAAGCAUUCCGCGGUUUUCCCCUUUGGCUGCCUAGCUGAAUCCGACGACGACGCUACCACUCUCCUUCCUCCCCUUCCUUCACCGCGUCUCCUCCCAGACAAAAUCCCAUCCGGAAUCAACUUCUCUCCCUCCGAUCCUCUUCCUCCCCCUUCCCUGCCGCCUCCGCCGGCGAGAAUCGCUGUCGCGCCCGUCGCCACGACCUAGGAGCCCUCCUUCACGGGCGGACCUCUUCCCGGAGCCACCGGAGGGCGGGGACGGGCGGCCAGUCUCGUCCAGAGCCGGUAUGCAGAGCCAGAUCGUGUGCCACCGUUGCCGGAGGGUGCUGGCCUACCCGUCAGGGGCGCCCAGCGUGUGCUGCGCCAUGUGCCGAGCCAUCACCGCCGUGCCACCCCCAGCGCCAGCAGUGGAAAUGGCUCAGCUUAUAUGUGGUGGUUGCCGAACUUUGCUGAUGUACACCCGUAAUGCAGACACUGUGAGAUGCUCAUGUUGCAGUACUGUCAAUCUUGUCAGACCAGUCAAUAAUAUAGCCCACGUGAACUGUGGUCGGUGCCGGACAACUUUGAUGUAUCCACAUGGAGCACCUUCUGUCAAAUGUGCCAUCUGCGAUUAUAUCACAAAUACUGGAAUAAAUACCAUGUCACCAGCGCCAUGUCCAAGGCCUACAUCAAAUGAAUCUGCAUAUAAUGCCUCAUCAGCUUCUGUUCCCACACCUCAACCCCAGAAUGUAACCGUCGUUGUUGAGAACCCUAUGACAGUUGACGAAAAGGGUAAACUGGUCAGCAACGUCGUAGUUGGAAUUACACCUGGGAAAAAUUGAAGGGUUGUUUCUCACCUGAUGUAUACCUGUUUUGUGUUCUAUAUAAGAACCUGGAAAGACCCAUGUACUGGUAUUUCCAGCCUUUGGUGAUUGGUUGCUGCCUGACCUGGAAGAACAAAGACACAUGAAGUGUUUUUUUGGAAUUUCACCAAGGAAAGCAUGCAUGUCGAAAGCUGUAUUCUGGAUAUGUUGAUUCUUUUGUCUGUAUAUGAGUUCUGUCAGACUUCACUCUGGGCAUGACAAAAUGGUAUUAUACAUAUUUUGAAACUUUA